AUGGGCGGCGGAGGCUCACUUUUCGCCUCUCCCGAGUGGAAGAAAGACCCUCGGGAGAUUUUCAACUCCAAACUACUCCUUUUGGGCAUCACGAUUGCCUUUGCCGGUUGCUCCUAUGGCUUCGACCAGGGUAAUAUUGGAGGCAUCAUGACGUUUCCUUCCUUCCGGAAGGCGUUCGGUUUUGAUACCAUCAGUACAGAGGAAGCCGACAAGCGAGAGGGCAAUAUCGCAGCGAUGCUUGCUGCUGGAGGUACUGCAGGAGCCCUGCUGGCAGCUCCUCUCUCCGACUACCUCGGUCGUAAGAAGGCUGUGACUUCGAUGGCUGGCCUUUUCUUGAUUGGUUGCUCGAUGCAAGAGGUGCCAAACCUGGACGUCCUCUAUGCUGGUCGCUUGUUGGCUGGCGUAGCCAUCGGUGCUACUUCGAUGUUGGCCCCUCAAUACCUAGCAGAAAACUCUCCCAAGUCGAUUCGAGGCUCUCUUACCACUUCCUACAAUUUGAUGAUUAUCCUAGCUCUUGCUAUUGCAUUCUGGGUCAACUAUGCCGUCAGUCUUUGGCCUAAUCAAGACCCUAACAACAACAAGGCUUGGCAAUUAGCCUUUGGUAUUCAGCUCAUUCCCGGAUUCUUCCUCUUCGUCUUGAUUUGGUUUGUCGUUGAAACACCCCGAGCGCUUCUCGCAAAAGGCAAAGAUGAGAGGGGCCUGAAGAAUCUCUGCAAGCUUCGAGGCUUGCCUGCAGAGCACCCUUAUGUUAGACAAGAGUACAUGGAGAUCACUGCUCAGGUCGAAGCAGAGCAAGUGACCGCCAAGGGAACAAACUACCUUGUUGUCAUGAAGGAUAUCGGAACGAACGCUAGCAACCGUCGUCGCCUCUUCCUCGCCAUCAUGUUGUUCCUCUUCCACAAGCUUACCGGCACCGACUCGCUCAACUAUUUCGCUCCCCAGAUCUUCGCCAUGAUUGGCGUCCCCAAAGGUUCCAGUUCUCUUCUUACGACUGGUGUAUACGGGGUUGUCAAGCUGGCUACUACUAUCGUCUACGUCACCGUCAUUGUUGAUCGCGUCGGUCGUCGUCUCCCCCUCAUCAUCGGUGCCACCAUUCAGGCCACGGCCAUGCUCUACAUUGGGCUUUUCAUCCGCUUCUCUGAUGUGAAGGCAGGAAGUGGCACGACCCCUGGCGGAAUUGUCGGUAUCAUCAUGAUCUACCUCUACGCUUUCGGCUGGUCAUUUGGACACUCCGUCGCGCCGUAUUUGACUGCUGCUGAAAUCUUCCCGGCUCGUAUCCGAUCGUUCUGCAUGUCAUGCUGUCUCUUCACGAACUGGAUCGUAAACUACGGGAUCACCUCUGCUACGCCCCACAUGCUGCGGACGAUGGGUUACGGCACCUUCCUUUUCUUCGCUGUUAUGACCUACAUCGGUGCGGUAUUUGUUUUCUUCUGCUUGCCGGAGAUGAAGGGCCGCAGUAUCGAGUCCAUGGAUGAUUUGUUCCAGCAUUCUCUCUGGAGCAUGUUCAAGCGCGCCUAUCCCACUGAGGAGGAGAAGGUUCGCCACGACGUGCAAGAGAGGCUCCAUGAGAAGAUGCAAGGGGAGGAGAAGGAUGUUUCACAUGUUGCCAUGGUCGAAAGUAGACGCGUGUGA